AUGAAAGGAAAUCUUAAUAUGGAUAAUAAUCAAAUAUUAAAUCUGCCAGCUCCAGCGGGUCCGAAACAACCAACACCAUUAGCUUUCACAGAUUUGAAGUAUCUCCACGUUGCUGGAACAAAUAAAAUGACUAAUAAUCUAAACAUGGACAACAAAAGUAUAAUUCAUUUAAAACCACCAACAAAUGACACAGACGGCGCAACCAAAAAGUAUGUAGAUGACUCAAUACCUGAUACAAGUUCUUUUAUAAAAAAGGAUGGAAGUGUUGCAAUGACUAGUAACCUAAAUCUUGGAAACAAAAAAAUAGUUGAUCUUGCAACUCCAACAUCAAAUACAGAUGCUGCAACCAAAAAGUAUGUGGAUGAUAAUGCUGGAAGUCCAGAUUUAAGUGAUUACUUGGAAAAAGAUGGUACCGUCACUAUGACUGGGGACCUUAAUCUUGGUAAUAAUAAAAUAAAAAAUUUGAGUAAUCCAACCCAUGACAAUGAAGCAGUAACCAAAGAUUACACUGACAAACUAGUUCACAAAACUGCAGUUCAACCAAGUCAUUACAACAACCAGUUUGCUUAUCUUAUGUCAAGUGGGUCUCAAUGGACUGAUGAAAUAGAUAGUGGAAUUAGUUUAAGUAUAGUUAAGAUAGAUGACUUACCACCAAAAAAAGGAAACUUUCACGAUUAUAAUCACAAAGUUAUUUACAUGACUAUAUUCAAGAAUUCCAAAGGUGGAUAUAAGUAUAAGAUGGGAAUCAACUUUUACAGGUUAACUGCAAAUACUGAUUACACAUUGUGUCUGGAAAUACUCAACAUGAAUCAGCACCUUUGGAAUAAGUCUCAAAUAAGUGUUGACAAAGGAACUUCAAGAGGAUUAAGAGCGAAUGUCUGUAAAAAUCGAGCAAAAUCGAAAUUUCGCGGCCACAGUCAAAAAAUCAUUUUCGCUCAUAUCUUGUCCAUAGAUAGGCAUAAGUAAGUAACUAAACGUGGUGUAGUUUGUUUUUCAAAAGGCCGCUUGGAUUUGGAGAAAAUCGACAAAAUCAAUUUUCGUGGUCGGCGACUUGAAAACAACCAAAAUUUAAGGCAAAAUGAGGCGGUCUCAAAACUUCCCUCGCACGCACACAGGAAGAAAGCGGGGUAAAAUAUUUCCCGAUAAAUCAAUUUAUAAAGGGCUCUACUUCUCGUUUGGUGAUGAAUUCUUAUCUCAACGAUAAUCUGGAAGAUAAACAAUGUUAUUUUAGUUUGGGUUCUUUUUCGACUAAACGAAAUUUAAAUUUAGGCUGAAAGUUGCGUUUUAUAUUUUAGGCAUGUGCUACACCUUGGUUUUGCCUGAAACUCAAGUCAUUUGUUAUGUAAACAUUGUGCUAAAACAUAUGUAAGAAUUGGCCUGGGUAAUUAAAUUUGUACUUCACACGAACCUUCUGAAGUUGAAUAAAUUUUGCUUGAAAUAUGAGACUUUUCAAGAAAGUCGGUUGGUUGUUGCUCGACAAGUCACGAUGGCUGGGCUCUCCAAACGAAACUUAACUCACAAUCGCACUUGUAUUAAAGACAUUUGUACUAAAACGAUAAUUUUUGUUACCUCAAAUGCGUUUUCCCGUUCUUGUCAACUGGCAUUGCGCCUUGUCCCAUGCUAAUCAACCGAAGAUCCAAAAACUCGAGGAAACGUGGUGCGUGAAAAUAACCUCAAACAGAACAUGGCCUAUCUUUUCCGCAGUCGCACUUUUACAUCCAUUACCAUUUAAAAAUUCUAGGUCUCACAAAAACUGCGAUUUUGAUAGUGAAACUUUCGGGCUGCCGAUGCCUCUUUGGAUAUAAAAGUCUGGUCAAAAGUGUUGCGUGACAGUAUUCACAGGCUUCCCAAUCUAACCAUUUGAGCGACGCCGUUUUUUUAAUGUUCUUGCCAGAAGUAGCAUAUUAUGCUACUAACAAUCCAAAUCAUGCUUUUUUUUGUUUUUUUCCUAAGUUUUCUUAAAGUGUGCUUCCAUACAAUACUAAAUAAGUCCAAAAACAUCGUUUUUCACGUCAACUUUCCCCCGUUGCCUUGUAUGUGCCUUUGAUUGACUUCAGGCUUCAAUGUCUAGCUAUUUCACCGCGUUAUUACCUAUCGGGCGGCUGUCUUUCCUCUGACAUAUGCAAGUUCCAUUUUUUUGGAUAACAGUUUUCGUAAACAUUCUGCAAUUUUCUUUCAGUAUAUAUAUUUUUUCUAAUCUGAACAUGGUUAUUCGAUCGUCAAACUCUUGUUUCAGUCUGUUUAUAUACAGAGGAACCCCGCCUUGCGACCACCCCGUUUAUACGACCACCUCUUGCCUCAGCUCACCUCCCAUAGUCUUUCACCCAGACAUGAAAAUCUCCGAGUCAUUUUAUUUUGAAGACCUCUUUAAUGCGACCACCUCGGUAUCACGACCAGGAUUUUAUGGCCCAACGCUGGUCGCAUCAACGGGGUUCCACUGUAUUGAAAUUAAUAAUAAUAAUAAUAAUAAUAAUAAUAAUAAUAAUAAUAAUAAUAAUAAUUAAUAAUUGAAAUUAAUGUAAAGAAUUAAAAUUUAGGCCCCACUUAUAUGAAGAAAAUUUGUCUCGAGGAGAAGGGUCACCCGCCUAUCCGUGCUUCCCUUAAUAGGGAGAGGGCAUGAUCUCAGGCUAAGCUUCCCUGGAAAAGGCAACGUUUCACACAUUUCCUUACUGAAAACAUGGCGAACCGUUUAAAUUACAAAAAGUUUGCUCGGCCAGAAGGGUGACCCACUUUGUCCAGUCACCCUUUUGUAAUGGUAGGGUCAGCCUCCUAGCCGGGCCAACGUUUCUCCGUAGGCACUUUACGCGCUUUCCAUUGAACAAAAAUUCCUGUUUGAAAUUUCGGAAAAACCACGUGCCCAGUGGAAGGUGCAUUCCAGUUGCAAAGACCAAACCAAAGCCACCGCGAGUUUGGUUAUCGUGCUUGUAAGCAGGAUACAGAUCAUUGGUCCCAGGGAAAAUAAUUUUGUCAAAUGGAAGGAGACAUUUCGGUCCGAUUGCUAGAUCAAAUCCGAUCCGUAUCGGUAAAGGGCUCGCAUAGCCAAGGCGAGACAAUUAGAGCAUGCGAGAAGGCCGGUUGGGUCAAUUUUUUUUUUUCUCUCGGCUAGGAGGGUGACUCUCCUACACGAGACAGGUUUUCUCCAUAUAAAGGGAAUUAAAACUUUCGGAUACAAAACUUGUAAUAGAGAAGGAAUCAGAAAAAAUUUCAAAAUUCUCAAAAAAAAUAAUAUUGAAGCACUUGUAAUUUCGAUCGAAAAAACUACUCAAGUUGCCCUGUGGAUGACCGAACAGUUGUUAUAAUUAUAUGGCGCCGCACAGAACUUAGUGAUUUAGAUAGCCUAAAUUAAAAGGGUUUUCAAUGUAUUUAAGAGGAAACUGUCGUUGGGUGCCCCUGUCAACUAUCGCCUAACGCUACCACUGCUUUCUUUACCCACAUAGUUUUUUUUCAGUUUUACUCUCGGUCAUUUGCCAUUUUCUGAGUGUGCGCUUUGGUACCGUUCUUGAGACUGAAACUUCUCGAAAGUCCCGAUAAUUAACGGGCCCCUAAAGCUGUUGUUGUUUACAUGCAAGAUAGAAAUUUCAAUAGUUUUGCAUCUAACAUGAUAAAACUAUCAGUUAAUGAAAAAAUGAAGUAUUUUGCCAGCCAGGACCCGCGCUCCUCUUAUUCCUUUCAUUUCGGUUUGAAUAUUUGAUUUCGGGCCCGAAAAGUUAUAGGGACUUUGGACAAACGGGCCCCACCGACCUCCCUGUUUCUCGAAAGUCCCGAUAAUUAAUGCCAAUGAUCCCUUUCGGCAACAGCAAGCCGUUGGUGAAUUAUGCUCACUUCUCGAAAGUCCCGAUAAUUAACGGGCCCGGUAAGUUGUCUCCGUUUACAUUAAAGAUCGAGGUUUUAAUAGUUUUGCAUCUAACAUGAUAAAACUAUCAGUUAAUGAAACAAAAUGGAGUAGUUUGCUAGCCAGGAGCAGCGCUCUUAUUCUUUAUAUUUCGAUUUGAAUAUUUGAUUUCGGGCCCGAAAAGUUACCGGGACUUUCGAGAAACGGGAAACCUGGUCCGUUGUCAAAGGCCGCAAGACGGAAUUUACUGGAAAAGUAAACUUAAUGCUUUUGCCUAAACAGUGUCAUUUUAACGUGAAUUUGAAGACGUCAGGGCCUAACCCAUUGGUAAACACGUUUGAUUCCAGCUUUCUAACUUGCUGUAUCUGCGGUAUAUCUUCUUGGUGUCAGAUUUUAAAGCUUGUUUGAGUAGCCGAGCAUGCUGUAAGGAGGAACUGAAAUUGUCUGAUAUACUUUGACAUAUCUUUUGGUAAAGGAAUGAGAGACGAACAGGUCAGCGUUCUAGACCCCAGGUUUCUUUCAUUGUAUAUAUUCGAUACUAGAAACUGAAACUCAUGCCUUAAGUCUUCACACUCAAGGAGAGGUUUGUAGACUUGAAAAUAGCGCUACGUCAUCUACCACUUCACAAGGCCGCCCUGCCUGGAUAGCAUUUCCCCAAUAACUUUGCAAUAUUUUCUUAGUUGCGUUUGCUAAUGUAAGUUUUUAAUGCUGGUUAGCCUGUGCAAGCAUUUGAAAAGGGGAGACAGGGUUUAGAGCGAAUUGCUUACCUAACAUCCUUGACCAAGAGUUACAGCGUAACCCUUUCGAUGGAUUCUUCUAUCCCCUCAACGGUCUUACCAUCGGAGUCUUACUAGGUAGUACCCAACUAAGAUUCAGAGCUACCCUUCCCCAAAAUAUACAUACGAAAUAACGUGAUUUUUUUAUUGUGAUUCUUCACUCAAAACAAAAAACGCUUCCGAGAUCAUUUAUCCAGGUUGUUCAAAGUUUAAAACCUACGAAGUGUUCGUGUGUACUGGCAGGGUGUAUGAUUUUGAUGUUUUCCAAAUUCCUUAAUAGUCAUUGCUUUUAUCACACGCGCAGGUGUCCGAAAAACUGACCACCACUUUACACUUUUAAAUCAAGUACUGUUGGCAGCCAGACUAUGCAACCCUUCAGUUGUUGUAUAAUUGAACAAAUAACUUUGGAAACAUCAAAGAAAUGUAUAAACAAUUUUGUUGGCUGUUCGAAGGAUGGUUUUCGUUGUCACGCAACACCACUCCUUGUCUUCUCACACUUCCGUCCCUGUACGUUGUAACUGAUUCUAUUAAAUGGUAAGAACAUCUUUCAAAUCGCCGAAAAUGUCUUAAAAACAUAUUUUUCUUGUGAAAUAUUUUGUUCAACCACCUUAAGAAUUUAGAUCAUAACGCUCAUUCGGUUUGAGUGACAUUUUAAUAACCUGGCCCAUCUUCAAUGACCUCUCGUUAGAGGUCAAAUUACAAAAUGCCUUAGCGCCAGCAGAAUUUUGGAGCUCGAGAGUAGAAAAAGUAAAGCAAGUGUCCCAAACUAUAAAAGUAAGUUAACUUCUAUUGCAUGUUGGCAAAUUAACUAUCGUACUAUAGAGGUACACCAGGUUUCUUCUCAAGAAGUGCCAAUGAUCCCUUUCGGCAACAGCAAGCCGUUGGUGAAUUAUGCAAAUGCGUCAUAUUUUUUGUUCAAGUUCAGAAGGUUCGUCUGAAGCGCAAAUUAAAUUACCCAAGCCAGUUCUUACAUAUGUUUUAGUACAGUGUUUAACUAACUUAUAGCUUGAGUUUCAGGAAAAACCAAGGUGUAGCACAUGCCUAAAAAUUAAAUCGCGACUUAAGGUCUAAAUUUAAACUUCGUAGAGUUGAAAAAGAACCAAAACUAAAAUAAAAUUGUUUACCUUCCACAUUAUCGUUAAGAUAAGAAUUCACCGCCAUACUAGGGCUAAAACCCUUUAUAAAUUGAUUUAUCGGGGAAUAUUUUACCACGCUUUCUUCCUUAUUGCGUGCGAGUGAAGUUUUGAGACCGCCUCAUUUUGCCUCAAAUUUUGGUUGUUUUCAAGUCGCCGACCACGAAAAUUGAUUUUGUAGAUUUUCUCCAAAUCCAAGCGGCCUUUUGAAAAACAAACUACACCACGUUUAGUUACUUACUAAUAAGUAUGUAUGGACAAGAUAUGAGCGAAAUUCAAUUUUUGACCGUGGCCGCCGGUUGCUCGAUUUUUACAGACAUUCGCUCUUAACAAUUGGAAAUGUUAGUGUAAGUAAACUAUCCCAUAGGUAUCUUGAUUUAAAAAAUCAACCAAAAUUUAUGUAUUAUCACAGAAUAAUAGUUAAUUUCCGGAAGUUGUCAUAUGGUAAUAAGUUUUUUCUUCACAUUUUGGUUAAUAUUCCUCAGGAAGGAACUGACCUAGCUGCGUACCCGUGGCAGUUUUCAGGAGUUUAUAUAAUUACUUAUGGAAUUGUGGGUACAUUUAGCAAUAUCGAUCCAGAUAAAGUUUACGACUAUCACACCGCAUUUGAUAUUAAACCAACAGAAGUAGUGUAUAAUGUUGAUAUUAAUGCAAAUCAAAAAGAAAUUAAAAAUAUCAAACUUGACCGAAACCGUGAUAAUAGUGCUGCAACAGUUGCAAUGGUAAAAGAGUUAAUUCCUUUUACCAAAAAUGCUUUGUACAGAAAAUACUUUAAUGAGUUCUAUGACUUUGCUGAUGCAGAUAGUUAUGGAAUAAAUAUAGGUUCAUCUGGAGUUAUUAUUAAUUCUUUAAAACCUAAUAUUACACUACCACCAAAUAAAGACCUAAGUGAAAUAGCAGAAAAAGGGUUACAUGUUAAUGGUUAUGAUGUGACUUUUUCUCCUUCACAUUCUUCAGUAGAUACUUUAUGUAUUGUUUUUAGUCAUUGGAGAAAUAGGAGUUUUACCCUAACUAAAUAUUUAUCAACAAACAAUAACAUUUUAGUAAAAUUGGAUUAUAAUAAAUCAAACAAUAAAGUAACUUUAACUGUCAAUAAAACAACUCAAAAUUUUACCAUGCUAAGUAGUUUUAAUGCAAAAAUAAUUGUUUUAUGGCUAACAGAAAAUUUUAGUGCAAAUGUUACAAAAGUUUCAAUAAGUAACUACAGCUCAACAUUAACUAUACCAACCGUUCAAUACAAUGCUAAUCAACGUUGGAAGUUUACAACUGAAGAUGGAAUGUUAAUUAGAUUAAUGUACUCUCCAAACUUUUACGACACUGACUCUACUCAAUUUCAUAAAGUAAUGCUUCAGGAAAAGUUAAAUGGAUCUUAUAUAGUAUAAAUAUAAAUGAAGGAUAUCUUUGAAUUUAAUCACAUAGAUAAAUCUCUGUCAGAAUCAAACGUUAAAACUCUCAAAGACUUUUACAAACAUUAUCAUAAGAAAUACUGGUGUUUUAAAAAGUGUUAUAAGAGUUACAAAUUUCUUGAUGAAGUUUUUACAAUCUCUGGAAUAUGCCUGGUUGCAAUAGGAACUAUUACUGGCGGGAUUACACUAAACCCUGUUGUUCUAGGAGUUGUAAAUGGCGCUGGGGUUAUAGUAGCGGGAAUUGGAAAGAAAAAAAAUUAUAAGAGAAAAAUUGAAAUGUCGAGAAUUGCAUUUACUACUUAUGAAAAAGUACUCGUUGAACUUCGUGCAGCUCUUAGAGGUGAUGAGUGGAAUAAAGAAGAGUUUGUUGACCGUAUGAAGUUGGUAGAUGAAAUGAUAAUUGAUCAGUCUCCUAUAGCAGAUAGAUUUGUUAGUAGGUAUAAUGAAAAAUUUAAUAUAAAGGUUUAA